AAGAGAUGUGAUCGUAGUAAACUAAAACAGAGAAAUGAAGAAAAAUGUGUCUGAUUAACGUUGUUGAUGCUUUUAUUUGUGUUUCAGUAUUCAAAGUACUCUCUAAAGAUUUGAAAUAUAAAUUUCAUAGUGAUUUUGAAAAGUAAGUUGCUUAUAUUCCAUGAUAUACAAACGUUGCAGUUUGUUAUGGCAAGGCCUAAGAAUUAUGAAUAAACAAAUACUGGAACUGAAUGAGAAACUUUUUUCUUGAAUUUUUUCGAGAUAUAAUUAAUGGCUAGUAUUUGAAAUACGACCAACUAUUGGAUGUUUAACUUCCCUUUUUUAUAGCAUUUAAAAUUCAAUAUGGAUUAUAAUUUUCAAAAUAGAACAACUAGUGACAUUUCUGUGCCACCACCUCCAGGUGUGGAUUACGAGGAUCAUAAUCGUCAAAAAACUGACAGUCGAUCUCGAUCGAGAGACUAUGAUCGGGAUCGUUCUCGCCAUGAUCGUGGACGUGAUUCAAGAUCUGAUCGAGAUGAUCACAGUAAAUCGCACGAUAGAGAUUACAGAAAUUUAAAAGAUUCUUCAGGUGAUGGAUAUCGGAGCAGAAACAAAGGAAGUGAUAAUCGAUAUGAUCGCAGAAGUUAUAGAGAUCGAAGUCGCGAUCGUGAUAGAAGUCGAGAUCGUGACAGAGACAGAACGAAAGAACGUAUAAAAGAUCGAGACAGGGACAGAUAUUGGCCUGAAAAUAAACAGGAUUUUAGAGAUGAUAUUCCCAGUAGUACAAUAUUAAUAAAAGGCAUGCCACCGCAUAUCUCAGAAGAGGACAUACGCUCAGAGAUAAAUCGCUUUACUUUGUAUCCACUUGAUAUUGUUCUGAAAAGGAGAAAAUCUACUGGCGAGUCUCAAGUUUGUGCUUUUGUAGAAUUUCGGAUGUUAUCUGAUGCUGUCAGAUGGAAAGAACUUACUCAAGGUCUUAUUUACUUUGGCCAGAUGAGAGCUACUCUUCAUUAUUUCAUGCCGAGGGAUGCUCCUGAUCGUAUCAUGUCAAACAGAGUUGAUUGGACCUGUGUUAAAUGUGGACUGAACAAUUUUCGUAAGCGAGAUGUGUGUUUUAAGUGUCGUGCUCCUAGAGAGGAAUCUGAUUCAAGGGAUAUGAAUGGUGAAGGAUUUGAGGAAGUUGGAAGUUCUCCAUCAAGCACAUUACUCUUUCGCAAUCUUGAUAUUUUGACUACAGAAGAACGCGUUCUGUCUAUGUUAGGUCAAAUAACUGUGCUGCCUAUAAAAAAUUUAAAAGUUGCAAAAGAUUCUUUAACUAAUACUUCAAGAGGAUUUGCUUAUGUAGAGUUGCAUUCCAUUUCUGAAGCAAUGCAACUUUAUGAUCUUUUAAUAAACAUGUCAGGAAAUUUUUUCGUUGAUGGUCGUCGUGUGACAGUCUCUUACUCUAGAAGAUCAUUAACUUCUCUAAAUAGUGCAUCAAGUGCAAAUGCAGCCUGUGCAGCAUUAGCUGCAGCUCAGUGGACAAAUCAAGAUUUAAAUUGUGAUCAAAGUUAUAGGAGUGUAUUCUCGGAUUCUGUGAUUCGUGAGAAACAAAUGGAAUCUGUUCAAAGUCUCAAUGCUGGAUACUGUGAAGGAUUUCAAAAAAAUUCUACUCCUGAUGUUUCUACUUACCAGUAUGAUGAAACAUCUGGUUAUUAUUAUGAUUCAACUACUGGGUAUUAUUAUGAUCCUAAUUCACAAUAUUAUUAUAAUUCAACAACCAGAGAAUAUUUAUAUUGGGAUUUAGAGAAACAAACCUAUAUGGUUGUACCAACCAUUGAAAAUAAUGUUGUAACAACUUCAGCUGUGAUUGAAGCUCCUGCUACAAGAGUUGAAUCAAUGUCAGAAGUAGUAAUAUCAAGCCCACCUGUUAUUGCUCAUGCUCCUGUUUUGACUAACAAAAAAGACCAAGAGGAAUCUAAACCUAAAGAGAAAGCUAACUCUCAUGAUAAGGUGAAAAUUGCUAAAAAAGUAGUAAAAGAUAUGGAAAAAUGGGCUAAAACUCUCAAUCAAAAGAAAGAAAAUUCUAAGUUUACAAAUCCUGUUUUAAAAUCUAUAGCAAAAGAGCCAUUGAUUGAAAUUGCUAGUACAAGUUAUUCAAAUGCAGAUAAGAAAAUCCCUGUAGAAAUUGAAAGAUUAAUUGAAAUGGAAUCGUCAAAUGGAAAACUGUUUUCUUCUGACUACAAAGAAGAAUCUUCUGCAGGUGGAUUGGUAGCUGCCUAUGGUGGUGAAAGUGAUUCUGAGGUCGAAACUGAAUCCCAAGAUGAAGGAGCUAAAGCUUUAGAAUUAUUAAAGGCUGAAGAGACUAAACUUAUUGACUGGAACAAAUUGGCCUGUCUUUUGUGCAAAAGACAAUUUCCCACUAAAGAAGUCCUUGGAAAGCAUAUUCAGAUGUCUGAUUUGCAUAAGCAAAAUGUUGAUAUGUUAAAACUUACCAAGUUAACACCAAAACAGUUGCAAGAACUUGAACGGAAAGAAUCUGGGUAUCGCGAUCGAGCUAAAGAGAGACGAGAAAAAUUUGGUCAACCAGAUAUUCCACCACCUAGUCGUUUGAAAACAAAAUAUCUGAAGGAGAGAAAAGAAUCAUACCUUCCAGCUGAACAACCAGUUGAAGCAAUAGGCAGUGAUAAUAUAGGAAACAAAAUGCUGAAAGCUAUGGGUUGGCAAGAAGGUCAGGGCCUUGGCAAAUCUGGGCAAGGGAUGUCUGGUAUAAUAGAAGUGCAACGCAGAGUAAAAUCUGCUGGAUUAGGAAUGAAAGGUUCAUCUUAUGGUGCUACUGCAAGUGACUCGUAUAAGGAUGCAGUGAGAAAGUCCAUGCAGGCUAGGUAUAAUGAAAUUGCAUGACCAACUGAAAGUUUGAUGUAUAAACAUUUUAUUGAAAAUUUUUUAUGAGAAUUUAUUUUGAAAAAUGUCACUUCUGUAAAUCAAGCAUAAAUCAUUACUUGAAUGGUUGUCAGAUAAAGUUAUGUUUCAAAUAAAGUCGCAUACAUGGUGGAGAUUUUUUUUCCAAUGUGCAUUGAAUUCAUAAUGUCAAUUUUGAUAAUAUUAAAGAGUAAAAAAUAAAACAAAACAUUGGUUUUAUCCAGUUUAUUCAUUUAUUUUAAUAAAGUUAUAAUUUUAGCAUUGCUGUUGUGAAUGAAAUGCUUAGAUGAUUUAUUUAAAAAAAGAUACACUAAAUAUAAAUAAAAAAUAUUGCAUUUAAAAUAUGUACUUUCUUUCGUGUGAAAUAUAGCAAAUCUCUUUAUUUACUUCAGCUUAUAUUUUUCCCAUAGUAUUUUGUUACUUUGUCAUAUUCAUGUAAUUAUGAUACAUGUUGAAUUGCAUUUUAUUGCUAUACAAUUAUGUGUAGAUAUACACUGCCUGUACAGAUAAAUGUAUCAUUUUCUUGUUUUUUUUUAAAUGGUAAAAGGAAUUAUUAAAAUAUUAUUCCAGUACAACAAGUUAAAACGAUAUCUUGUGCCUUGAUAGUAGAAUAUUUGCCAUAUUGCACUGCUUCAUUUUGACUUCAUAAACUGCAUUAUAAGAUCAUAAUAUUUUAAUCCGUGCUAAGUUUUUUUUUUUAAUAAUUUAUAUCAUGAAAUAAAAUUUUAUAUUGUUUCUCUUCUGCAUUGAUUAUCAAUGAAAACAAAUGAAUCUUUAAUUAACCAUAUUUGACAAUUAACUGAAUGUUACAGUUCAGUCAAAUUUCUUAACAUUUUAUAUUGGAGAUAGUUAUAUUCAUUGAAUGAGUAAAAUACUUCAGCUAUUAGGAUUGAACAUGUACCUAAUUAAAUAUUAGCAAU